CGUCUCUGCUGGUGUCUGCACUUCUGACCCCAACUGCGAUUGCGAAGCAGCAAGCACCGCUGGCUGUGAUCCAAACGGAUGUAUAGGUUCAGGUCUCCGCUGCGGCAGUGAAUUAGGAUGCAAUCUUGGUAAUGAUAUAUAUCAAUGUUCUCCUGAGGGAAACUUCUGUCAUAUUGGUCCUUGCAAAAACGGCUGUGUAUUUGGUAGUCCUAGCAGUCAAUGUCAAAAAUAA